ACAUCAAAGAUUUGGUCAUUAUCCUUUCAAACUGGAGUCAACCUCCGCCAUCACUUUUUAUUUCUCCUCUCUCUGUCUCUCUCUCUCUAUUUAUAAGCAAUUCGACUCCCACCGAUCCCUUUACGGUCCCCUAUAUAAAGAGGGCGUGUCACAAAGGCUGGUGGCGAACGAGAGAGAGAGAGAGAGAGAGCGAGGGAGGAGAGGGGGCGUCACAUGGGGGUUGCCACCGAUGCGGCUCCGGUGGCGGUGGUGGCGCCGCCGUCGAAGAAGAUGGCCGCGGACUUCGUGAUGGGCGGGGCCGCCGCGGUGGUGGCGAAGAGCGGGGCCGCGCCGGUGGAGAGGGUGAAGCUCCUGCUGCAGAACCAGGGGGAGCUGAUGAGGAGGGGGUAUCUGACGACGCCUUACACGGGCAUCGGGGAAUGCUUCGCGAGGGUUCUUAGGGGCGAAGGAGUGCUCGCUCUUUGGAGAGGCAACCAGGCCAAUGUCGUCCGAUAUUUCCCGACUCAGGCCUUCAAUUUUGCAUUCAAGGGCUACUUCCAGAGCCUUUUUGGUCGGUCAAAAGAGAAAGAUGGUUAUAUGAAGUGGUUGGCAGGCAAUGUAGCUUCAGGCAGUGCAGCUGGAGCAACAACAUCCUUGUUACUGUACCAUUUAGAUUAUGCACGAACUCGGCUAGGCACAGAUGCAAUUGAUACCAAGGCUAAUAAUGAACGUCAGUUUAAAGGGCUACUCGAUGUAUACAGGAAGACCAUAGCAAGUGAUGGAAUUGCUGGUUUGUAUCGAGGUUUCGGGGUUUCUAUAGUGGGCAUCACUUUAUAUCGGGGCCUAUAUUUUGGCAUUUACGAUACCGUGAAGCCUAUUGUUCUGGUUGGACCAUUGGAGGGUAACUUCUUAGCUAGUUUCUUAUUAGGCUGGAGUGUGACGACGUUCUCUGGCAUCUGCGCCUACCCUUUUGAUACACUGCGCCGAAGAAUGAUGUUGACUUCUGGACAACCUUCUAAGUAUCAGAAUACAUUCCAUGCCUUGAAAAUUAUAGUAUGCCGAGAGGGGUUUUCUGCACUGUUUAGAGGGGCUGCUGCAAACAUGCUCUCAGGUAUGGCAGGAGCGGGAGUUCUUGCAGGAUAUGACCAAUUCCAUCGAAUCGCGAGUGGGCAUAAAAUAUGGUUCGAGCACAAGAUUAAAGGGGGACUGAAAUGAUGUAGACUUAAAAUCAUGAUGUACAUCUUCCCGUGACAACAAGGAAUGCAGUGUUUGGAGAUCAAAGGAAGACUCUCAGAGGUGCCAAUUCCCUUUGCACACAAGGAGCCAAGAUAUAAUUUGUACAUAUUGAUUUAUAGACGACAUGAAUAGAAUUUUUUUUCUUAAUUCCCAUCUGAAAAAGCAAUAAUAAAACACUGUUUUUCAUAAGAUUGGUAAUUUUUGUUGAAGCAUUUUGCUUCUUUAUUUUUCAUGCUAAA